CCCCCAAUAGAGCAGGCGCGGCUUCCGGGUCAACAUGGCGGCCGUGUGGCUGCUGCUGCGCGCUCUCCGCCCCGGUCCGGGACCGGGUCCGGGGCGGCUGCGGUGCCCCUACUCAGGCUGGAGCCCAGGCUGCUCCUCCGGGGCCAAGUGGAGGUGGCCGUAUGUCGUCCACAGGCCUCCGAUGGGCCUCGUCGGGCCUGGAGGCCGAGCCCUGCAGAGUUUCCAGUUGCAACUGCUAACCCCUACCUUUGAAGGAAUCAGCAGAUUGUUGGUGAAACAGCACAUUGUACAGAAUCCAGUCGGACUCUGGAAACUUCUAGGAGGCACUCACUAUUUUAACACUUCGAGGAGGAAGCAGAAGACCAAGGACAAUGAUAAAGCCAAGGGACGGAGCCCUGAGGAUGACGAAGAGGAGCGCAGGCGCCGGGAGCGCGAGGACCAGAUGUACCGAGAGCGGCUGCGCACCCUAUUCGUCAUCGCAGUGAUCAUGAGUCUGCUCAAUGCGCUGGGCUCCAGCGGAGGCAACAUCUCCUGGAAUGACUUCGUGCACGAGAUGCUGGCCAAGGGCGAGGUGCAGCGGGUGCAGGUGGUGCCCGAGAGCGACGUGGUGGAGGUGUACCUGCAUCCCGGUGCCGUGGUGUUCGGGCGGCCUCGGCUGGCGCUGAUGUACCGAAUGCAGGUGGCAAAUAUCGACAAAUUUGAAGAGAAGCUUCGAGCAGCCGAGGAUGAGCUGAAUAUCGAAGGCAAGGACAGGAUUCCAGUUUCCUACAAGCGGACGGGAUUCUUUGGAAACGCCCUCUACGCCCUGGGGAUGACUGCCGUGGGCCUGGCCAUCCUGUGGUAUGUUUUCCGUCUGGCUGGGAUGACGGGACGGGAAGGCGGAUUCAGUGCUUUUAAUCAGCUGAAAAUGGCUCGUUUCACAAUUGUGGAUGGCAAGAUGGGGAAAGGAGUCAGCUUCAAAGACGUGGCAGGAAUGCAUGAGGCCAAGCUGGAGGUCAAAGAGUUCGUGGAUUAUCUGAAGAGCCCGGAGCGCUUCCUUCAGCUUGGUGCCAAGGUCCCGAAGGGUGCGCUGUUGCUUGGCCCCCCCGGCUGCGGGAAGACGCUGCUGGCCAAGGCAGUGGCCACGGAGGCCCAGGUGCCCUUCCUGGCGAUGGCUGGCCCAGAAUUCGUGGAGGUCAUUGGAGGCCUCGGUGCAGCCCGUGUGCGGAGCCUCUUCAAGGAAGCCCGGGCCCGGGCCCCCUGCAUCGUGUACAUCGACGAGAUCGACGCCGUGGGCAAGAAGCGUUCCACCGCCGUGUCCGGCUUCUCCAACACAGAGGAGGAGCAGACGCUCAACCAGCUGCUGGUGGAGAUGGACGGAAUGGGUACCACCGACCACGUCAUCGUCCUGGCAGCCACCAACCGAGCUGACAUUUUGGACAAUGCUCUGCUGAGGCCGGGCCGACUGGACCGGCACGUUUUCAUCGACCUUCCCACGCUGCAGGAACGGAAGGAGAUCUUUGAGCAGCACCUGAAGGGCCUGAAGCUGACACGAGCCAGCAGCUUUUACUCCCAGCGGCUGGCGGAGCUCACGCCUGGCUUCAGUGGUGCUGACAUCGCCAACAUCUGUAAUGAGGCCGCGCUGCACGCGGCGCGGGAGGGGCACACAGCUGUGCACACGUCCAACCUGGACUAUGCUGUGGAGCGCGUCGUGGCCGGGACUGCCAAGAAGAGCAAGGUCCUGUCCAAGGAAGAGCAGAAGGUGGUUGCGUUCCACGAGUCGGGCCACGCCCUGGUGGGCUGGCUGCUGGAGCACACGGAGGCUGUGAUGAAGGUGUCCAUCACUCCUCGGACCAAUGCGGCCCUGGGCUUCGCUCAGAUGCUCCCGAGAGACCAGCACCUCUUCACCAGGGAGCAGCUAUUCGAGCGCAUGUGCAUGGCCCUGGGCGGCCGCGCGUCCGAGUCCAUCUCUUUCAACAGGGUCACUUCCGGGGCACAGGACGACCUGCGGAAGGUCACCCGCAUCGCCUACUCCAUGGUGAAGCAGUUUGGGAUGGCACCUAGCAUUGGGCCUGUCUCCUUCCCUGAGGCCCAAGAGGGUGUCACAGGCAUCGGACGGCGUCCGUUCAGCCAGGGCCUUCAGCAGAUGAUGGACCACGAAGCGAGGCUGCUGGUGGCCACUGCCUAUAGGCACACGGAACAGGUGCUCCGGGACAACCUGGACAAGCUCCAGGCGCUGGCGAGUGCCCUACUGGAAAAGGAAGUGAUCAACUACGAGGACAUUGAGGCCCUCAUCGGCCCACCACCCCACGGGCCCAAGAAAAGGAUUGCGCCGCAGAAGUGGAGCGACGCCCAGAGGGAGAAGCAGGACUCGGGGGAGGAGGAAGGGGCCUAGCAGCUGCCCCUGCUCUGGGAGGAGCCAUCCUGGCCCCAGUAGCUGCCCCACCCACACCUCCAUGCUGAUGCUAGUGCGGGGUGCUGGGCAUGCAGUCCUCACCUCUCACCCCUCACUGGUCAAGGCCCCCCAAGAUCUAUUUAUUGACUUCCUUGCCUGGAAGAAUAAAUCUCUGCCGAGAUGGAUGGUU